GUUUUCUGUUGUGAACCCUUUGGAUGUGGAGAUGCACAGAAUUUCUUUUGCCAUCCAUCACAGUACCUUACACUCUGAAUUUUCAGAGUUGGAUCUAUUGUAACUUCGUCUUGAACCCAAGAGAAACUUCAUCAGUGGCUUCAAAAUGACAAAGAAAAGGAAACAUCAAGAAGAUUUUCAUAAGGUGAAGCUAAAAGUUGGAAAAAAGAAGCCUAGACUAGAAAAUGCAACAGAUACAAACUUCAAAACAAGAGCCAUACAUCUAUCCGAGCAACUUAGAGAGGAUGGAGUGCUUCCGACAAAUAAUAGAAAACUUAACAUAAAGGAUCUGCUUUCACAAAUGAACCACUAUAGUGCAGGAAUUAAACAAAGUGCCCUUUUUGGACUCAAAGAUCUGCUGUCCCAGUAUCCAUUCGUCAUUGAUGCACACCUUUCAAAUAUACUAAGCGAGCUGGCAGCUGUGUUUACAGACAAAGAUUCUGCUGUACGAGCAGCAGCAAUCUGCCUCCUUAAGUUCUUGGCUCCAAAAAUACGAGCUGAACACAUCUCUCCAUUUUUCCCAUUACUUAGUGCACAUCUUUCUAGUGCCAUGACUCAUAUCAGUGAAGGAAUUCAGGAGGAUUCUUUGAAGGUAUUGGACAUUCUGUUGGAGGAAUACCCUACUCUCCUGACGGAUCGCAGUAGUGUGUUGCUGAAUAACUUUGUAGAACUGAUUUCUCAUCAACAACUGUCAAAACAACUGAAAAAUAAGGAGAAAAUAUGCUGGAUGCUGUCUGUUAAUCCUAAUCGUAGGGUAACGUCACAGCAAUGGAGGCUUAAUGUGUUGAUCAGGCUCCGAAAGUUCCUUCAGGUGCUGGUGGAAGGAUCCAGUGAAUUAGAAACUGACAGCGAAGGGCUACAAGAGCCAAAUGACAACCCACAAGUACCAAGAAACUCCUUGCAGGUUAAUUGGCAGGAAUAUGCCAGUGGCCAGCAGCACAUCCAGUUGUAUGAAAAUGGUGGCCCACCACUCAGAAUUCAUUCAUCCUUCAGGCUAAGGUCUUUGGUAAGUAUGACAGGCAGUGUUGAAAAUGGCCUGUCAUCUCCUGAGAAUUUAAAACGAUUUAUUCAAAUUAUAAUUCCAUUGCUGCUUAAUUGUUGGAUUGAAGCAUCGCCUGCACAGCUUGCAACUCCCAUUCUUGGAAAUCUUCUGGAACCUGGAUCUCAGCAACUAAUGGAGCAAGUACUUGGUAUCAUAUACCUGUUGUGGAAGCUUGUAAAGCAAAAUGAAGAUCUGGAUGAAAUGGAAGAGUGGCUUCGAGCAAAUUACCUGAAUGAUUUCAAGCACCAUUUCAUGUCUCAUUUUCCUUACUCUUUCCAAGAAACAAGCAAACACCGAAAGAAAGAGCCCUUGAAAAGCAACAAGUAUUGUAUGACAUCGUCAAACAUUGAUCAUCUCAUGUUGAAUUUAACCUUAUGCGAAAUCAUGGUCUCAUUGGCGAGUGCUUCAACACUGCAGAUGGAUUCUCAUUGGCUAGAUAUGAUUAGAAAGUUUGUGAUAGAGACCCUUCACGAUGGUUGUAAGCUCCCCCUUCACAAUGGCUGUAAGUUAAACAGUAAGCAAUUGAGUAAAUUGCUCAAAGUGACUUGGAGACUUCUACAGAUACAAAUAAACAAAGUGGCAGCAGAGACGCUAAUGAAAGCCGUGUAUACUCUUUACCAGCAAAGAAACCUUUCUUUCCCUAUUCGUACAUUGCUUUUGAAUUUUUUUAGCAGAGUUUAUCAGAAGGAAGAGUUGAACCUUCAUACGAACAGCAGGAGCAAAGUAUUAACUCGUUGGCUGGCUGGUCUACCUCAACAACUUGUUCUUCUUGGUUUGAGAAACGCCGAGCUUUCGGACCAGUUGAUUGGUACUAUUUAUUCGGCUGCAUCCCGGGCAAACAAGGAAAUCCUGCAAAGUUUGCAAGCUGCUGCUCCUCGAAUUUACGAUCCACUAGAUGGUGCUGUCGCUAUUUUGCCAGAAGAAUCGCAACAACGUUUAGUCCAGCUGGUCUAUUUUCUGCCACAUUUACCAGGCAAUCUGCUUUCUUCUCUCAGUCGCUGCUGCAUUAUGGGAAAACUGUCGGUAAAGUUAUCGACUACUCUUAUCGGGAUAGUGCGUAUGAGAUCCUCUUUUGUGGGAUGGAAGUACCCAGUGCAAGGCAACUCAGUGACUGAUCUGGAUUACUUCAGCUUCCUGUUUUCAACUCUUACAGGCUUCUCCCGAGAAGAGCUGACUAACCUGCAGAGCAUCAGAGGGAGGCCACACAUAAGCCAAACACAGCUCUCCCCGGUCCAGAUCUACUUGACAGAUCUGGAUCAGUUUUCAUAUCACUGGGCAAUGGCAGAGGUGGUGACCCAGUGCCUGUCUACUAUACCUUCAAGAAGCCAAUGCAUAGAUAUUGUACAAAAUGGCAUUUGCAAAUACCUGGCAGGGUUGACUGUAAUACCUGACAGUGCUGCUGGAUCUGUUUUGUGUGCCAUUAGUAAGCUCUUGGAUCAAGCGUGCUUGCUUAAUGAAAACCUUGCAAAGUUCCUAGCGUCUUUGUGUUACAGUCUCCUUUAUCUCCUCUUAACGAUAGAGAGAGAAGAUACAGAACACCUGCAGAAGAGGGACGCAUUGUGGAGUUGCUGCAUUUCCGUGCUGACCGCCUUGCCUCGCGUACUGAGGCUGAUGUUGCAGAGUCUUCAAGUGAGCAGAGUCUGUCCGGAGGAAUUGCCUGUCCUUGCCCAGCUCCUCCGCUUGCUAAUGCAACACGGACAGCUUCGAAUUCAUAUGGUGACCAAUGAACUUCUGGUGAAACAGAUUGUCAAAGAUAUCAUGGUAUUGAAGAGUGGCGAAGUUCAAGACCAGUGGCUGACAGACCUCCAUUACUAUUACAAUAUAUACUUAGCCACACAUCCCCCAGGAUCUGGUGCAGCUGACACAGUAUAUUAAAGAGAACGACUGCAUUUGAUUGCGGGUCUCAGUGCAAAAUGUCAAUUUUCUGUGGAAAUUGAAGUUACAUUUCAUUAAAAAGACUUUUUCAUGUAAAAAGCUACUUUUCCUGUAUUUGUACCAAAAAUUCAAAAGCAGCCGGUUCUGAUCUGAGCAGCUUGCUGCCAUCACUAAGGGCCAAACUAUACAUGAUGUAAAACGUGUCUUUGCGUUUCAAAGGUGGAAAGUGUCUGCUGGUAAGACUGACAACUUCUGAAAUUGCAGCAGGCCUGGAAGGGAAGCUUCCACUUCCCCCCUGCUGUGAUCCUGAGGACAAUCCCUUGUCUGAAGCUGGUGCAAAGGGGGAUUUCUUUCCAGUGCAAAUAGCAGCUGCCCCAUAAGCGUGCAGGGAGAGGAACUUUCAUGGGGAUGCUGCUAAUGUCGAGGCCAGAAGAGAACUGUGCAGGAAGGUGCUUGCUCUACCCCUUAAGGGAUAUAGGGCAUUUUAAAAGCUGCUUUUGGAGGAGAGUGAACACUAAGUUGGCUAGAGUGAAUGAAGAGAUUGUGGAGAAAUGCCAGUUUCAUUGGGUGGCCUCUCAGCUCCCGCCCCAGGCAAGUUUUGUAACACGUUAUUCUUGAUUAUGUAGUAAAAAAAAAAAAUCCUUUUGCAUAUUAUUUUUCUUAUAAAACUGAGGAUUGUCUUAACUAUCUUUUUAUUAUUAACCUGAGAGUUUGCCAUCCUUGCUCAUUUUCAUAGUUCACAAAGUUCAAGCCAGAGUUGUCCAAACUAGCAGAGAGCUGCAAAACCUGUUGGAUAUUUUGGCGAAUGCAGUGGUUUGACAAAAUAUAACGACUUCAUCUGUCAGCGUGGAACUGCUGACUUGUGACUACUUUUGAGCAAGGUGUCUUGAGUACUGUUGGUUCUCUUGGAAGGAAGGAAGGAAGGAAGGAGCAAAUCAUUGAGGAUUUCAGCUGCCAGGCUGGUGUGAACCUUUUGGGCCUUGUAUAUUACUGAUUAAAAAAAAGGAAUUCUACUCAAA